GAUCGACUGGAUACCCCUCGAGCAGCCCUCGGCCUCUUCCCUUCGAAGACACUCACCUCUUUCAUCCAUCACCAUACACAAAGCUCCAUCAUUCUCCUUAGCACCCUUUCAUCCGGUUCUUUCCAAUCAAGCACAACAUGUCCCCGCAGAUUACCAAAGUGAUCUACAAACCAGAUUCGACCUCGACGGACGAAUUCAUCUGCAUAAUCGCCGACGCUGGUGCAUACAAGAAAUGGUUGGGAGGAGACAAAACCGUCCCACUGGUUGAGAUUGUCGAUUCUUUUGAUGUAUUCCAUACCGGCCAAGGCGCUCAAGGUCUCCUGAUCCGACCCAGUAAACAAGAACUUGAGAAUACAUUUGGAUCAUCAAAAGAUGAUGAAGUGGUUACCAUAGUCCUCGAGAAGGGCCGCCUCGAAGUGAGCGAUGGCCACCCCCUCAAGUUUGCUUCGAAAAACGAUGCUCGCGGCGGAAACACUGGGGCACGCGUGGCUGGCGCGUCUGGCCAUGGCGGCCGAUAGAUUAAUCUAUCACUAUUCUAGUCUCAAUCCAUUCUGUUGUAGUUGCUCAUCUGUUGUUUGAAAUCAUCACAUUUUACCCAAACCUGCUUGACCACAGCUGGGGCGUUGAUAAAGAGUAAUAAACUAUCUUCUGUACCUGCUGUUCAGUUCCUACAGGCUGAUCAGGGCUACAUGAUUGAGCCUCAGCCAGAAAAAGAAACUUCUUUGUGUAUUGAUUCUAGUAGGGCACAGGCCUCUAUCUCCCCCCCAAAGGAAGAUAUAUUUAUCCCAACACCUUUCUGAUCCUCUCAUCCUCACAGCAUCAGAACAUCUACCCUCCAUCUAACCUAGGCUAUCCCUUCAUUUUUUUGAGUUUAACUAUUUGAUUUCAAAAUCUAGCCAGAAUCCAAUCCAGGAAUCCCAGCUUGGUUAAAGACAUAGCAACA